AUGGUACUAUUUAAACGAAAGCCGGUCCAAUACCUGCCACGGCCGGUCAUUGAAGAUGACAAUUCCGAGGUCUGGGUUAUCCCAGAGACCAGCGAGGUCUUCAUGAGCUAUGAGCCGUACCUCCAGCGCAUGGACUUUUAUAAACAACGUCGGUUCAUUUGUGAAAUCACCGGUCAUUCGGGAUUGAACUUUUUUGAAGCUUAUCGAAGUGAGAUGGAAGAGUCGCGCGAGGUGAACAACAGCUUCCCCGAAGCUUUGAAGGAACCGAUUUUGCGUCGAAUCCAAUUCGCGACAACCUCACGGGUUGACAAUCUGGUGGACGAAGUAUAUGAAGAAUUCAAGCAGGAUUUUUACCCCGGAGAGCCUGUCGUCAUCCUGCUACAGGAUAGUACCAGACUUCACGGCACCAUCAGGGACAAGGCCAACUUUGCUGAACAGCUUUUUGCUGACGGGACUAUCAAGACCCCUGCGUAUGCUCGGUAUUUGGUAAAGAUCUCAGACCGUCCCAAUGAGGAAGCGCUGCUGGACCAAGAUCAUAUCACGCGUGAUCGCAAGUCGUUUACAAAGUUGAUGCUGCGCGGCUUUAUUAAGAACAAUGUUACUCGAGAGUCAUGGACCGGUGCGCCCUGGCUGGUGAAGGCGUCGAUUGCAGAGGAAUACAAAAUCUCUACAGAGGUCCCCAAGCACUUGCAGUACGGCGCGAAGGUCGCGGAGAAGAAGGCGAUGAAGAAGGCAGACCAGGAUGGCUUUUUUGGAUUCUUCUCGUCCCAACAAUUGCCUGAAUUGAAGCCAGCUGUCAAGGGCCAGAAAUCGAAGUUUUCAGCAAAUGAUACGGCCAGAUCGAGAGAAGCUCAGUAUCAAGAAUAUCAGCGGUCGCUGAACGGGAAUCCUUCGUUUCUGUCACCGAACAACCCACUCCGCCCAACCAAACCGCCGCUGGUCGGUGACAAGAAAAUGCCUCCUCCUGCGGUUGUUAUUAAAAAUGAAUCGAGACCUCUAUCACCACCACCUGUCAGAUACCCCAUUGAGGAUCUCGAACUUGCUCCCCUUCAUGAUAAGAACCCUCGUCCCACGUUGAAGCUGUUGAUGCUAGGCGAGUCGGAGGAGGAUGGAGGAGAAGACCUUCUGCCCGAUGACUUGGAACCGGAAUCCGUCGGAUUGCUUCUCGAGACAUGGGAUACCCUCAAUGUUUACUGUGAGGUGUUCCAGCUGGAUUCAUUCACGUUCGACGACUAUGUUCAAGCCAUGCGCUUUUCAUCAGAAGAGAUGGAUUGUGAGUUGCUGGUCGAGUUGCACUGUGCCAUUCUGAAGAAGCUUGUCAACUCAGAAGACCAAGGCGGCGCAAUCCAGAUCUCUCUUCCAGAUUUCCCCACGGAGGAUUCCGAUGACUCCGAAGAGGAUGAUGAAGAUGAAGAAGAAGAGGAAGAUGAGGAGCAGCCGGAGAAGGCACCUCGCAUGACUACCAGGGGAAGCCUCGCCAAGAAAGAAGCAGAGAGUUUGAAGGCACAAAUUGUCGAGGAGGAGCCUGAAGAGGAGCGCAUCCAUCGUGCUGCUGAAAUGUUCGAGAAGUACGGGUGGAUUGAUCGCCUGCGGAAACGCGACUUCCGCAAUGGUGGAUGGGAGGUUGUCAUGAUUGGCCUCCUGCAUCAAUUAUCUCUUCGUCCUCGCUCUGAAAAGACCUGCAACGACAUCCUAAAACACCUCGCCCCGCUCGAUGAACCACCGACCCAGCGGACUGCCAAGGCACAAUACCGCACUCUUGAUAUUAAUUUGCGUGUCAAGGCUCUUCAAAUGAUGACCAUGCUUUGUCUUGAGACCAAGGCGAUUCGGAACUAUCUUGAGGAAUGUAGUAACCAGAUGACGGAGUUCCGUAAAGAGAAGAUCGAACAUCAGAAGGCCCGCAAAGUAUUGUUAACUGAACUUCGUCAGUUGCACCAGGAGCGAAAGGCGCUCCAGCCGGAACCUGAAAAGUCACCGUCUCCCUUACCGGAACUGGAAGGGGAGAACAUGGACGAUUCGAAAAUGACUGGAAUCGAGGGUGAUUCCGAGAUCCCCAUGGAAUCAGAGGAUGAGGAUACGCCUAGACCACGUGCCCUUCGUGGUGGAGUUGAUCGUGCCCUUGAACGCAAGCGGAGGCAAGAGGUGGAGCGAGAACGCAAAGAGCAGCUGGCCAAACAGCCCAAGGGUACUAAGCAGUACCAGCGAGUCCUCAAGAAGAUCGACGAGCUGAAAGCCAAGAUCGCUAAGGCCGAGGAGGAGAUCGAAACCGUGGACAAUGAUUUGCGUGAGGCUGACUGCCCCCGGACCCGAUGCCUCGGAUUGGAUCGUUUCUGCAAUCGGUACUGGUGGUUUGAGCGCAACGCCAUGCCAUUUGAAGGCAUGCCGAACAGCUCGACUGCUGAGGCUCGAUACGCCAAUGGCCGCCUUUGGGUGCAGGGCCCUGACGAGCUGGAAAGCGACGGCUUCAUCAACUUGACGGAUGAACAACGCAAACAGUACCACAAGCACUUCCAGACCACUCCGGCCGAGCGCAAGAAGCACGAGGAAGGGUCUACCCAUGUGUCGAAUGCCCGCGAAUGGGGUUACUAUGAUGACCCGGACUCGGUUGAGUCGCUGAUCGAAUGGCUGGAUCCACGAGGCAACCGCGAAUGCAAGCUACUAAAGGAACUUCACUUGCAGAAGGGAUACAUUGUUAAAUACAUGAAGCACCGCCAGGCCUACCUGUCCGAGAACACCGAGCGGGCUGAGUCUGAGGAAAUGCCCACUAAGCGGGUCACCACGCGUACCAAGACGUACGUGGACGUCAACGAACACCGUCUUCGUUGUCUUCGUUGGAGGAAUACGGCUGCCCUAACUGAGAUCGGACACCUUCAUGUCGACCCUGACCGACCAGCCAAGCGCAAGCGGAACACCGAUGAUAUGCGCGAGGUUAAGGCCACUCGAGGCAAACCCCUGACUCGACGGGGUUCGCGUCGAGGAUAA